AUGUCUGAGCUGCCUGUUUUCCAACGAAUGUCCUUCCUGUUGCUUUGCAUUCUGGGUAUGACCUUGGUGACAUCUGGCUUCCCUCAGCCUCCAGUGGCUCUCAGAAGUGCUGAUGACUCAGCAGAACCUAAACAAGAUGACUGGGAUGUCCUCUUCCCCUCCAUCUCACUCCGUGACUGGAGCAUUCAAACAAUGUCAGCCCCCAGCCUCGGAGGGGCAACCAAUAGCAAGGCAGGACUAAUGAGGGAGGCGUGGCUGUUUGCCCCCCAAAGGACGGAGGCGAGCAUGGAGAGGGCCUGGCCUUCUGAUUGGGCAUCUCAGGGGGCCAACAUGGUGAAGAGGAACAUGGUGGUGGCUGAUGAUGCUGCCUUCAGAGAGAAGAGUAAGCUCCUCACCUCCAUGGAGAGACAGAAGUGGCUCAACUCCUACAUGCAGAAGCUACUGGUGGUUAAUUCUUCAUGA